AUGCCGUCGAACAAGCAUGCUUCGUACAGCCAUGCGCUCAAGCCUUGCUUGAAGCCCCUUGUGCUGGCUACGGUGAUGAUGGUCACGUCGUGUUCUUCGAGGACACCCGAUGGCUUGAUAGUCGUGUCCAGACACGGCGUCAGGAGACAGUUUCCGAGCUCAACGCACGACUUCAGCAAGUACGCCCCUGGGAAGACCUUCGAGACGGAAGACAAGGACUGGGGUGUGGACGGGUCCAUGGGCGUCCUGACGCAGCACGGCUACGACGCCGCGCACCUGAUGGGAAAGUUUCAGGGGCAGAAGUACGCCGGCGAUGGGCUUCCCCUCGACUCUUGCUCGGACAUGUUCGUCUACUGCGAAGAGGACAUGCCUCGCGACGAGUUCACGGCGGAGGCGUUCUUCAAGGGUUUCACGGAGGGGUGGACGGCCGCGGGCGGUGACGCGGCGGUGGGGAGCUGUCCCGUUCCCGAGCCGCACUUCGAAGAGGUCGAGUACCUCAUCGACCAGGGGAGCAAGCCUCGCGGCGACGCUGGCCAGUGCCGGCUCGGCUCGGAGCAGGAGGUGCAAGGCGUCGUAGGCAAGGUGGACGAGUGGACGCGGCUGCUGAGGAGCAAGCUGCAGAAGCUGAAUGACGUGCUGGGCUGCUGCGACCGGUCGCUGUGUCCCGCGGACCACCCGGAGGACCAGCCGUGCACACUGAUGGACAUGCCUCACGUGUGGGACGAGGAGCACUGGUACGUUACUUUCACGGGACCCGUCUACGCCGGCAAGUACUUCUCGGAGUGGUUCCUCCUCAACUACCUCAACGGCAUGGAUGUCGCCUGGGGUGAACUCAGCGAGGAGGACGUGAUGGACCUGGCCGCCUUCGUGACGGAGUACCGACACUUCGAGUUCGAUCUGCUGGCGGCGAGACCGUUCGGCAGCGCCCUCCUGAUGCACGUCGUGGCCGCCCUGGACCAGAUGGAGACAGGAGAAAACCUCGACGCUGUGGCCCACACCCCCGACGUGAAGCUGGUGUACUACGCGGCCCACGACACUAACCUCCUCUACCUGGCGGAGCUGCUGGACCUCAAGUGGGUAAGCAAGGGCUGGCAGCCGAACCACACCCCUCCCGGGGGCGAGCUGGUAUUCGAGGCGUACAUGGUGGACGGCGAGCUUAACGUGGCGGCGUUCUUCGACAUCGCCACUCCCAGCCAGAUCCGCGAGUUGACCGACUUGAGCCCGUCCAACCCUCCCGGCCGCGUGGCGAUCACCAUCCCCGGGUGCAGCCAGGGGGAGGAACUGCUGUGCCCCCUGUCCAAGCUGCGCGCGCUCGCCAUUCGCUCCGUGGACGCUGAGUGCAUCACCCCCCCGGAGCUUGUCGAGUACGUUUCCGAUUCGUGGGCAAAGGAUGCCGUCGUCCUACAGGCGGAGGCAGCGCAAGGGGGGGAUGACGACGUGGUUAUGCACGCGCGCGUGACGCCAAACAUGGGGCAGCUCCUGGUCGGACUCAUGAUGGGGCUGGCUGUCGGCGGCAUGGCGGCGUGGGGCCUUCGGUCGAAGGUUGGUGCGGCGGGGCUGCGCAACAGGGGGGGGGGUCGAGACGACGACAACGUCGAGCUCUUGCGAGACGGCGGGCCGUGACAAGCUUCGAGCCGCCCCUUGGGCGGUCGUGCCUCGCAGAACAACAACAACAUGAGUGGUCACCUCGAGGUGAUGCAGAGGCGCGAAGGCGGGGAAGGAGGGAGCCGUCGCAUUGCGGGAGGCCGGUCCGUUCGCUUUGGGAGAGGAGCGACGUGGGCAGCCAGAGGCCAGGACAAAAUAGCGUGACCGUUGGUUUGUUUGAGGCCGGGGUGAAAUGGACGGACGGCCAGUUUUGCGUUGCUGAGGCGGCCGCGCGGACGGGAGGGGCGGUGGUUUGCUGUUGCUUUUUUCGCAGGUCGGGUUUUCUUUUUAGGAUGCCUGCGUGCUGAUCAAGUUUGGCACGGCGCGGGCGAUGAUGGCUGCCUUUCAGCGACCAAGUUCGUGAUUCUUUCUCCACGGUAUUUAACCGUCGUGUGAAAAGAGUGGCCCGAAGUGACACGAUAGGUAUAACCUCUUAGAUAUUCUACAUGAGAGAACGGAAAAUAACAAAACUACGUCCCGCCGCGUGACGGAUCGAAUUUCGUGUGUUAUUCCGCUAGUUUGAUCCACUUGUACAAUCGUAUGUAUUUUUUUUUGUGUCGGCGGGGCGUGUGUCCGGAAAUUCAUCAAAUUUAUUUGUGAUUCGGCAUCAUACACAUUUUGGUGUUUCCAGGCACCAAGCAAGGUGCACAGGAA